AUGUUGUCUCCCACACGGAUGAAAGAUGAACAGGUGGUCGAAGAGGAGAAAGACAGAAAGAGAGACCUUACACGCAAGGUCUGGCAACAGGCAGUCUCCUUCCUGGUUUUCCUGGCAAUCCUGGCUCUUCUUCCAGCUCCAUCCACUACUGCCCCUGCUGCUACGCCCUCCGCCUCCACCAUACCUCCACCAAGUCCAUCAGAGACAGCCAGUCUCUUACACUUUGAAGCCAACUGCCAUAUAAGGCACAUGAAGUACACAAUGGAAUUUAGGACAGAUGAUCUGGAGGCAGGAUUUCAUGAGCAAGGUUUGUGCUAUACUAUACUGGAUUUGUUUGGGGCAGGGACUGAAGCCACUUCCACCACUCUACUGUGGUCCUUCAUAUAUAUGAUGAAGUACCCUGAAAUCCAAGGAAAGGUCCAGGCAGAGAUAGACAGAGUGAUUGGACCAACACGCCAACCCUGUAUGGCUGACAGACCCAAUAUGCCUUACACUGAUGCUGUCAUUCAUGAGAUCCAGAGGAUGGGAAAUAUUGUGCCUCUGAACGUUCCACGGAUCACCCAUAAAGACACCACACUUGGGGGAUAUUUUAUACCAGAAGGUACACAGAUCAUCCCUAACCUGACAUCAGUGCUGUUUGAUGAGACCCAGUGGAAAUCUCAUUCAUUUGACCCACAGAACUUUCUCAACCCUCAAGGAGAGUUUGUUAGACCUGAUGCUUUUCUUCCCUUUUCAGCAGGCAAGCAGGUUUGCCCCGGUGAAUCAACUGCUCAUAUGGAGUUGUUUCUUUUCCUCACCUCCCUCCUGCAAGUCUUCACUCUCUCCCCUCCAGCUGGAACCAAACCUAGUCUGGAAUUUCAGUUUGGUAUAACGUUCAGCCCGAAGCCAUUCAACAUGACUGCCAGACCCCGGGGACAGUCAUCUUUUCAAAGACAGAGAGUGUCAGCGAGUCAGUGA